UUUAUUUGGUAGACACGGCAUCCGAGCCGAACUAAAAAAGGUUAGGACCCGGUUCAUACAAAAAGAACCGGUUUCGUUUUUACCUCUAGCAUGUUCUUCGCCUCUCCGACCUUUCUUCUUUGCAAUUCUCGCUGAAAUAAAUUCCAACUCGCUGUUUCCGAUCUUCAUUUUCGACCAACUAUUCUCUGUUAUUACCUCUUUCGUCAUCUGGGUUUCAGAGAGGCUUGGACAUGUCUCGGACGCUGGUUCAGCCAAUAGGGCAGAAGAGGUUGACUAAUGUGGCCGUGGUACGUCUCAAAAAGCAUGGCAAUCGCUUUGAGAUUGCUUGCUACAAGAACAAGGUCCUCUCAUGGCGCUCUGGCGUAGAGAAAGAUAUAGACGAAGUGCUUCAGUCCCAUACAGUUUAUUCAAAUGUUUCGAAAGGAGUUCUUGCAAAGUCCAAAGAUUUGAUUGAUGCAUUUGGGACUGAUGAUCAGACCAAAAUAUGUUUGGAGAUUUUGGAGAAAGGAGAGCUUCAAAUUGCUGGGAAGGAGAGGGAAUCUCAGUUAUCCAGUCAGUUCAGGGACAUCGCUACCAUUGUUAUGCAAAAAACCUAUAAUCCUGAAACUCAACGCCCUUACACUAUUAGCAUGAUUGAGCGUCUUAUGCGUGAAAUCCAUUUUGCUGUUGAACCAAAUAGAAGCUCCAAGAAGCAGGCGCUAGAAGUUGUUCAUGAGCUUCAGAAGCACUUUCCUAUAAAAAGAUCUCCAAUGAGGUUGCGACUCACUGUUCCCAAAGAGGAACUUUCAUCUCUCAAGGAAAAGCUGAAUUCCUGGAACGCUAACAUUGUUUCAGAAGAUCAAUCUGGCAGUCAGCCAUUUGUUAUUUGUGAACUGGACCCUGGUUUCUAUCGCAAUUGUGAGGCCUUGAUGAGUAAUCUGCAAGGAAGAUUUGAAGUUCUUGCACUUUCUGUUCAUGCAGAGGGAGAUGCCCAGGUUGAUCGAUAUGAUGAUCAUGAGGAUGAACCUCCACCCCUACCCAAGGAAACUACUGAUACUGUGGCAAAACUGAGUGAGAAAAUGCAACAACAGUCCAUUUCUACCACAAGUGCAAACUCAGCAGGGGAUGGAAAGCAAAGCAAAUGCAGUACCUGUAACGCAUUCAUUGGCGACUCCAAGCAGUUCAGGGAUCAUUUCAAGAGUGAAUGGCACAAGCAUAAUUUACGGCGCAAGACUAGACAACUCCCUCCACUUACAGAAGAGGAGUGCAUGGCGGACAUGGAACUAGGUGAUUCGAAGGCAGAUCUAAAGGAAUAUUCAUUCUAAACUAAGGUUAUCUAAUUUGGGGGUUGAUGGUUUAGUCACUUUCUGCGUACUUAAAUAUAUUAGGCAUUUCGGCCGGGAAUCAAUUUUUGUGUAAAGUACUUCAAGCAGAAUCAUCUUUAAGAUUGAAGAUCGUUGAUUAUAGUUUUGUUCAAAUGCUAAAGAAGGCUAAAGAAGGAUGUCCUUUACUCAUUUAUAGCAUGUUUAAUAUGUAUUUUGCUUCUAUAUAGUAGGAUUUGGAACGCGCUAAAAUAUAUGUUACUGAAGAAACUAAGCUUUUGUUUUUAUGCAAAUCUGCUCAUUGAUAUUUCGGCUA